CAGUCAGGUUAGUUUGUUUGGUUUGUCCGUUCCGGAAUUUGUUUUGUAACCUGUACUCUCCUCAAAUUAGUGAAAUUUGUUCUCCCCUGCCCGUGGAUUAGCUAGCACACAUUGUGUUAGUGAACCACGUUAAAUUUGUGUUCGUUCGUGUUGGUUUGGAUUAUUGAUUGCACGCUUCUGUUCUGACAAGUGGUAUCAGAGCCUUUGGUUGCGGUUUUGGGAAUUUGGCGCUGGACUGAAGUUUUGCUUUGUGGAGUUUGGUUGGAGCUUGUUUGAUAGUAAGAAUGGCUGCUAUCAGUAUGAAGAUUGAGAAGUUUACCGGAAGAAACAGUUUCAGUUUGUGGCAGAUCAAGAUGCAAGCACUGUUGAAACAACAGGGUUUGUGGGCUCCGUUGUCUGAAAAAUCGAAGAAGAAAAGCAUAGAUGAAGAAGAGUGGAUUACUUUGGAGGAGAAAGCUCACUCUACAAUCUUGCUUUGUUUGGCUGAUGACAUCAUCACUGAGGUUGCUGCUAUGAAGACUGCUGCGGGUUUGUGGUUGAAGCUUGAAAGUCUAUACAUGACAAAGUCUUUAACCAACAAGUUGCAUAUGAAGCAACGUUUGUUCAGUUUGCUUAUGGAGGAAGGUAUGUCUCUCAGGAAUCAUCUAGAUCAACUCAAUACUAUCUUGCUAGAUCUGCGGAAUUUUGAUGUUAAAGUAGAUGAUGAGGAUGGUGCCUUAAUUCUGUUAGUAUCUUUGCCACAGUCAUAUGAGAAUUUUGUGGAUUCUUUUAUUGCUGGGAAAUAUAGUUUGUCUUUGGAAGAUGUUAGGUCUGCUCUACAUACUAGAGAGGUUCGACAUAAGGCGUCUGGUUCUGGUUCGGAAAAUCAGGCAUCUGGGUUGGCUGCUACGAGUAGUAGGAGACAACAAUCUGGUAAUAGGAAGACGAAUACAAAUUCGAAUUCUGCUGGUUUGAAAGAUGAUAUUUGUCAUUACUGCAAGGAGAAAGGGCAUUGGAAAUUUGAUUGUCCUAAACUGAAGAAAUAUCAGGAGAAGAAGGAAUCAUCUGCUGCUGUGGCGGAAGAAACUAACUCUGAUUCUGAAGAUGGUUUAGCCUUAGCAGUGAAUGAACAGGUACACCAUCAGGAUGUGUGGUACUUAGAUACUGCAGCUGAUUAUCAUAUGUGUCCAAGCAGGGAGUGUUUUUCAACUUAUGAGCAGAUAGAUGGAGGACAUGUUUCUAUGGCCAAUGGUGCUGUCUGUAAGAUUGUUGGAAGAGGCUCCGUCAGGAUGAGGACACAUGAUGGUUCUGUUCGCACCUUGAACAAUGUUAGGCAUAUUCCAGAGAUGACUAAGAAUCUGAUAUCUUUGAGUCUACUCGAUGACAAGGGUUUCAGUUUCAAAGGUGAAGGUGGAGUGUUGUCUGUCUACAAGGGUUCUAAGGUAAUUUUGAAAGGUGUCAAGCGGGGUGCCUUGUAUAAUCUACAAGGUUCUGUUUUGACAUGUUCUGUUGGUGAUAAGUGCACCAAGCUGGUUUUGAAUGGCAAGUCACAGCAUGGGUUGGAUUUGCCGAAUGGUUUGAGUUGUUGAUCGCCCUUAGGGGCAUUUGAAGGCAGGGGAGAUUCUGAUACAGCUUAUUUGGAGGAGUUUGGUACGUCUGCCAAUUUUGAUUGCAUAUGAGUUUGGCGAUUUGCAUCGCAUUUGAGUUUGGCGAUUUCGAUCGCAUCUGGGUAAAUUUGGCGAUAUGUAUCGCGUCUGGGUACAUCUGGCAACUUUGGUUGCGUUUGGUACAUCUGGCAACUUUGGUUGCGUCUGGUACAUCUGGUAUUUGACAGAGAAUUCAAGUCAAGGUGGAGAUUGUUAGAAUAUGACUUGAAUUUGAUUUGGGUUUGCUUUGUGUUUUAGGCCUAUUCUGUUUGGGUUUGGGAUUGGGUUUUGUUUGACCUUUUUCCUUGUAUGUUUGGGAAAAGGUGUUUGAUUUUCUGUUUGGGAUUAGGAGAAGAGUUCUAUAAAUACUCUUCAUCACCCUAGUUUGUAGUAAGGUCAGUGAGGUUAGUUUGUUUGGUUUGUCCGUUCCGGAAUUUGUUUUGUAACCUGUACUCUCCUCAAAUUAGUGAAAUUUGUUCUCCCCUGCCCGUGGAUUAGCUAGCAAACAUUGUGUUAGUGAACCACGUUAAAUUUGUGUUCGUUCGUGUUGGUUUGGAUUAUCGAUUGCACGCUUCUGUUCUGACAGGGAUAUUAGGUGAUUUGUUGGUAUCUAACAUAUACAAGUUAAGUUAGCAAGUCUAUAGUUGACCGUUAAAUGUGUGAUGUGACCAUUAAAAAAUAAAAAUAUUUUAAAAUUUCCACCUAAUUAUCAUACUAAUUAAAAAAAUAUUUUCUCAUAAUUCCCACAUGCUCGACCCAAUCCCUCUCUCCUAUAUCCGAAAAAAAAACCUCAGCCCUCAGCCUCCCCGUCAAACUCCCACUCGCCGCCGCCACCAAGUCUGGCCAGCUCCCUUAUGUCAUCUCUGUCAUCAAAUCCAUGCUCUUGGAAGAGCAUUUGGAACGUGUUUAAGGUUGAUUUAACAAAACUUUCCAAGGUUUUCUUGCGACUGUGGAGCUGGUCGUGAAUCAACUUUGUCGUAAAUUGCAAUUUGGAGCUGAAAAAUCAAUUGACGAAGGCCUCCAAAAGAUGAUUGGAGGUAUCACGAGACUUAUUCAGGUUUACAUAACGUCUUAUAAGUCCGAGGACACUCUCAUGAAUCUAGCAUUCCAUAGUCAUAUGUCAAUUGUGGUGGUUGUUAGUGUCUUUAUUAUGUUCUCUUGUGUAUAUAUUGAUGUUAAUGACCAUUGUGAUUUACAUUUUUAUGUGCCCCUAUGAUUUAAUCAAUAUUGUGUUUAAAAAAUGUCAUGUGUAUAUUCAAGUAUUCAAUAUGACAAUCCUAGCAUAACAUAUGAGACUUUGUGAUAUUUGUAUCCUGAUACUACUGUUUUCCGUGAGAAAUAACGGGUGACCAGAUCGUGAUCAAAGCAAUGUUGACUUUUAGUGACGUGACAAACACGUGGCAUUCACAUAUAUGCCACAUGAUCAACACAUCAUAUUUUCUAAUUCAAAAUUUAAUAAUAUGAUAAAAAUAAU